AUAGCAAAGAAGAAGAGGCGGGGCUGGGACGGCCAGCGGCCUUGGUUGCUCGUAUCGUGUGUGAGUGUAUGUGAAAAAGCCCGGAGAGCGCAGGAGAGGAGAGGAAAGUAAUCAUGGGGAAUGUAUUGGCUGCCAGCUCUCCCUCUCCCCCACCUGCAGGGUCCUCUGUGGGACCUGGUUUAGUAUCUGUGCCUCCUGGCUUCACAAUGCCCCCCGUCUCUGUCUUGGGACAAGUAGCGGAAAAGAACGAACCUCAGGAGGAGCGGUUACCUAAUCCCGGAACUUUUGAAGAGUGUCACCGCAAAUGCAAAGAAUUAUUCCCCAUGCAGAUGGAAGGUGUGAAACUUACUGUAAAUAAAGGGUUGAGUAACUUUUUCCAGGUAAACCAUACGAUCUCACUCAGUACUGUCGGGGAUUCAAAUUAUCAUUUUGGAGCCACAUAUGUUGGAACAAAGCAGCUGAGCCCAGCAGAGGCAUUUCCUGUUUUAGUUGGAGACAUAGAUAACGGCGGCAGCCUGAACGCACAAGUAAUCCAUCAAUUCACUAAGUGCGUCCGAACAAAGAUUGCAAUUCAGACCCAGCUGUCCAAGUUUGUGAAUUGGCAGUUAGACACAGAAUACAGAGGACAAGACUUUACAGCUGCUGUCACAUUGGGCAACCCAGACAUAAUAGUGGGAUCAGGUAUUGUGGUUGCACACUAUCUGCAGAGCAUCACACCUAAUCUAGCACUAGGAGGAGAACUUGUAUAUCAUCGGCGUCCUGGGGAGGAGGGGACUGUGAUGUCAUUAGCAGGAAGAUACACAGCUCCAAAUUGGACAGGGACACUAACGCUAGGACAAGCUGGAGCACAUGCAACAUAUUACCAUAAAGCAAAUGAUCAGCUUCAAGUAGGAGUGGAGUUUGAAGCUAGCGGCAGGAUGCAGGACACAAGUGUCUCCUUUGGUUACCAGCUGGACCUCCCCAAAGCCAACCUACUGUUUAAAGGCUCAGUGGACAGCAAUUGGAUAGUCGGGGCAACUUUAGAAAAGAAACUUCCACCACUUCCUCUCACGCUAGCCAUGGGAGCCUUCCUCAACCACAAGAAGAACAAAUUCCAGUGCGGCUUCGGCUUGACCAUCGGUUAACAUCAGCUACCGCACACGGCUUAUGGUCUCCCCUCUACACCUAGACAUGUGGCCUCUUCCUCUGCUUUUCUGACUGCCUUCUCCCUCUCCCCAGUUUCUUAACUCGCCCUUCUACCCCAAAACUCCUGCCAGGCACAUUUUUUUUUUUAUGGACUUUAUUUUAUCAUUGGGGUAAGGAAGGCAGUGGAGGAAUUUCCCGAUUAUCUAAUGUAGGUACCUAGCGUGGAGAGGAAGCCAUACUUGUCUCUUAUCAGGGACCUCGUGGUUGGGUAAAGUCUGAAGGAAGAAUUUAGCUUGUCUGUAGAAACCAAUCUGAUUCUUCCAAUCAUGUUUGAAGUAUGGUAUGGAAUAGAGAGAGAACAUUGGGUUGGUUGCUCUGUGCAUAAAAAGUUCUGUCAUCAGAUAUUGGAUCACGAGGUCAGCAGUUAGUCUGGUUUGAGUGAGUUUUCUUUCUGUGUCCUGUUCAGACUGUUUUCUCAUUAUUUUUAUUUGUACCUUUAAAGCCAUUAAUGCAGUUUUCUCAACAAAUCCAUGUUAUGAAUGUGACUUGCCUGUCUGAGUGUGAUGCUAUGGAUGAUUGAUCUUCCCCAUGUUGUGUGUUUGAUCCACCAUCUUGUUCUGCUCUAGCUUAUGGCUUCUGGGGUAGGGAGGUAUCAUGUCUAGGAAGAGGGUCUUCUCAUGGGACCUGCUUGAGCCCUAUGUCCUCCUUGGCCUUGUGCUGCUGUUGGAGAGGGGAGGGAAGCUUCAGUCCUGCUGCCUCCUGACCUCUCUCUGUAGGAGCUUGGAUGUAAAUUCAUGUUUAUAAGUUAUAAAGAGAAUAAUGACACUGAUCUUUUACACAAAACAGAUGUGGAGCCCAGAGCGAAGUCAUGACCGGGCAUGUACAGCACCAAUAAACUGACUUCCGCAACGGGA